AUUGUGGACAUUGCUCCCCUCCUGGACACUCAAGACUCCUUCAACGUUUCCUGUCACAAAUAUCCUCCUGACAGCAUGGAUGGAGAGGAAGAUGAUCUGUCUCUGCUGACCGCACUGCUGGAGGAGAAUGAAUCAGCCUUGGAUUGCGAUUCAGAAGAGAGUAACCCCUUGACCCAGGAAAGUGGCGGACCUGAUGCCUUCGACGAGCUCUUUGAUGCCGCUGGUGACGGCGAGUCUUACACAGAAGAGGCUGAUGAUGGAGAAGUGGGACAGACUGACGACCAGAAGGAAAAUUUGGCCACUCUCUUUGGAGACACUGAAGACUUAACAGAUGAGGAAGAAGCUCCUACAUUGCAAGCAAACAAAAAUAGGGUUCAACCUGUUCCUGCCCCCCGACAAGAGAAAACGAAUCAAGAGUUGCAAGAUGAAUUAAGGAAGUUGCAAGAGCAAAUGAAGUCCUUACAAGAACAGCUAAAAGUAGCAACAAUUAAACAGGCUACAAGCCCCGCCCUUCUGCAUAAAUCCCCUGAGAAGUCUCCAAGGCCCCCUCUUAAGGAGAAGAAAGUGCAGAGAAUCCAGGAGUCGUCGUGCUUUUCUGCAGAGCUCGAUGUCGCUGUUCAACCCAGAGCCAAGUGGGUGGCAAGGAUGCCAAAGGCUUCACCUGCAGAGCCAAAAAGCUCAUCAUCAAGGAUGACAAGUUUACCUUCCCAGCCUCUCCACACUACUCCUGGGAACAAACCCACUGGGAUGACAAGAAAUAAGAGCACAGGGACCCCAGGAUGUUCUGGGGAAACGGCUCAGAGUGUCUCUGUGGAAACCUUCUGCGGCCUGCGGCUCAGGCGGCCUCGAGUAUCCUCAACAGAAAUGAACAAGAAAAUGAUCGGCCGAAAACUGAUCAGAUUGUCUCAGAUCAAGGAAAAGAUGGCAAAUGAGAAACUAGAAGAAAUAGACUGGGUGACAUUUGGGGUUAUUUUGAAGAAAGUUACUCCACAGAGUACAAACAGUAGGAAAACAUUCAGCAUCUGGCGACUGAAUGAUCUUCAUGACCUGACACGGUGUGUGUCCUUGUUCUUAUUUGGAGAAGUUCACAAAGACCUCUGGAAGAGGGAACAAGGUACUGUCAUAGGGUUGCUCAACGCUAACCCCAUGAAGCCCAAGGAUGGCUCAGAGGAGGUGUGCUUAUCUAUUGAUCAUCCCCAGAAGGUCUUAAUUAUGGGUGAAGCUCUUGAUCUUGGGACCUGUAAAGCAAAGAAGAAGAAUGGAGACCCUUGUACACAGAUUGUUAAUUUGCGAGACUGUGAGUACUGUCAGUAUCACAUCCAGGCUCAGUACCGGAAGCUCAGUGCACGUCGAGCUGACCUGCAGUCCACCUUCUCUGGAGGACGAAUUCCAAAGAAGUUUGCCCGCAAAGGCAUCAGCCUCAAAGAACGGCUGUGUCAAGAUGGUUUUUACUACGGAGGAGUUUCUUCUGCGUCCUAUGCGGCCUCGCUCGCUGCAGCUGUUGCCCCUAAGAAGAUGAUUCAGACCACUCUGAACAAUCUGGUUGUCAAGGGUGCAGGCUUGAUCAUUCAGGAAACAAAGCAAAAAUUCGGAAUACCCCAGAAGAGCUUAUCUUGCUCUGAGGAGUUCAAGGAAUUGAUGGACCUGCCAACGUGUGGAGCCAGAAACUUGAAACAACAUUUAGCCAAGGCCACGGCUGCAGGAAUCAUGGGAGGCCCCAAACCUGCCAUCCAGUCGAUAUCAGCCUCGGCCCUCUUGAAGCAACAGAAGCAGCAAAUGUUGGAGAUAAGGAAAAGGAAAUCAGAAGCUCUCCAGAGACAAUUUCUUCAAAGCUCAAGUGAAGUCAAGAGCCCAGCUGUGCCAUCCUCAUCCCAACAGCCCCCUGCCCAAUCUCCACGGGUGGGUGCGGAGUUCCCCAGGAUGGAAGGAAGCCCAACCACAUUGAUGCCCAAGCUUGGGCGUGGCAUCUCAGAAGGAGAUGACGUUCUCUUUUUUGAUGAGUCACCACCACCAAGACCGAAACUGAGUGCUUUAGCAGAAGCCAAAAAGUUGGCUGCUAUCACCAAAUUAAGGACAAAAGGGCAGAUUCUUACAAAAACGAACCCAAACAGCAUUAAAACAAAGCAAAAGGACGCCCAGGACGUCCUGGAAGUGAUGGAACGUGUAGAAAAGAACACCACAUCUUCUCCCCCAGCUGAGGAUGAAUUGGAGCCUGCCGUGAAGAGGAGAGAGCAGCUUGCCUACCUGGAAUCUGAGGAAUUUCAGAAAAUUCUAAAAGCAAAGUCAAAGCACACAGGCAUCCUGAAAGAGGCCGAGGCCGAGCUGCAGGAACGCUAUUUUGAGCCACUGGUGAAAAAAGAACAAAUGGAAGAAAAGAUGAGAAACAUCAGAGAAGUGAAGUGUCGGGUCGUGACGUGCAAGAUGUGCAACUACACCCAUUUCAAGCCUCUGGAGACCUGCAUCGCUGAGCAGCACGACCUCCACUGGCACGACGGCGUGAAAAGGUUCUUCAAGUGUCCCUGUGGGAACAGGAGCAUCUCCCUGGACAGGCUCCCAAACAAGCACUGCAGUAAUUGUGGCCUCUACAAAUGGGAACGAGACGGAAUGCUAAAGGAAAAGACUGGUCCAAAGAUAGGAGGAGAAACUUUGUUACCAAGAGGAGAAGAACAUGCCAAAUUUCUAAAUAGCCUCAAAUAACCCUGAAGUCAGGUGUUUUGCCCCAACCUUCUUUUCCUCCUGUGGCUCUGGAAAGGCAGCGAAUGGGCUCUGGAUUGCCCCUGUGUUCCUAACUGACACCAGCAAAAAACGAUGCUCGUUAAGCCUAUAAGCUUUGCUUACUUCUGUCGUGUGGGUUUAACACCAAAUUCAG